GAGGCAGUGCCGGUCCGGGCCCAGCGGCCUCGGCUGGGCUGGGCGGAAGCAGGGAGGGCUGUGGGGACGGCGCUUUUUCCUCUGCCCCGCCCCCUGGGACCACCUCCCCUCCCCCCAGCUAUCCACCAGCCGGGAUGUGGCCGGCGGCCGUUAGUUAGGCUUCCCGAGGCCGUUCCUUCAGGCCUCCUUCUCCUGGGCCGGCGAGAGGCCGUCUCCCUUGCCGUUACCCCAGGCCCCGUCUCGGCGCCCAGCCCGCCUGGUGGCAAAAACGGCCGGUUGGGAUUUCAGGGCUUUCCCGCCCGAGCAGGGUCUUCUCUCAAGGGAAAGCUGUUUUCACCGGGAAGCUCAGCUUUCUGUUACACCUGCUUAACCUUCCGCCUUCUUGAGACCUGAGUGAUAUUUCUCGACUACUUCUGCGUCUCACGAAAACAUUUCUCCAACUCUUUUACUCUGGUAUCUCCCUGAGAUGGGAUAUCGCUAGUGUGCCACCAACAGAAAGAAACGUCUGGACCCUCCUGCCCAGGUUAUGAAAACCCCCUUAACUGCCACGGUUUUCUUACCUGGCUCAUCGCCUCCUGGACUUUGUAUCUUUGCUAAAGUCAGUGAUGUGAAAAGACCUGACAUGGAUGAUAUUGCUGAUAGGAUGAGGAUGGAUGCUGGAGAAGUAACUUUAGUGAACCACAACUCCAUAUUCAAAACCCAUCUCCUGGGACAAACAGGUUUUCCAGAGGACCAGCUUUCACUUUCUGACCAUCAGAUUUUACCUUCCAGGGAAGGAAAUUUGGACCGAUCUUAUACAUGUUCUACAAGAAGUGCAGCUUAUAAUCCAAAUUAUUAUUCAGGAUUCUUUGUCAGCAAGAUGAGAUCUCCUCCCCUAAAAAGACACAACCCUUCCUCAGACAGUUUUCUUGGCUCAGGAGAUCUAAGAACCUUUGGCCAGAGUGCAAAUGGCCAGUGGAGAAAUUCCACUCCAGCAUCAGGUUCAACUUUACAAAAAUCAAGAAACAGCCGAAGUCUUUACCUCGAAACCCGAAAGACCUCAAGUGGAUUAUCAAACACUUUUACAGGAAAGUCAAACUAUCACUGCCAUGUGUCUGCAUACGAAAAAUCUUUUCCUAUUAAGCCUGUUCCAAGUCCAUCUUGGAGUGGUUCAUGUCGCCGAAACCUCUUGAGCCCCAAGAAAACUCAGAGGCGACAUGUUAGUACAGCAGAAGAGACAGUCCAAGAAGAAGAAAGAGAGAUUUACAGACAGCUGCUACAGAUGGUCACAGGGAAACAGUUUUCUGUAGCCAAACCCACCACACAUUUUCCUUUACACCUGUCCCGAUGUCUUAGUUCCAAUAAGAAUACUUUGAAAGACCCACUUUUUAAAAAUGGAAGCUCUUGUGCAGCUCAGAUUAUUGGCUCUGAUACUUCAUCAUCUGGAUCUGCCAGCAUUUUAACUACCCAGGAACAAGUGUCCCACAGUGUGUAUUCCCUAUCAUCAUAUGCCCCAGAUGUUGCAUUUGGAUCCAAAGAUUCUGAUCCUCUCCAUCAACCCCAAAAUCACCACUCUCUUCUACAUCAGCCAGAUAACUUACCAGCUUCAAAUACACAAUCGGAAGGAUCAGACUCCGUGAUUUUACUCAAAGUGAAAGAUUCCCAGACUCCAACUCCCAGUCCUGCGUUUUUCCAGGCAGAGCUGUGGAUCAAGGAAUUAUCUAGUGUUUAUGACUCUCGAGCACGGGAGAGAUUGCGCCAGAUUGAAGAGCAGAAAGCAUUGGCAUUGCAGCUUCAAAACCAGAGACUGCAGGAACAGGAACAUUCAAUACAUGAUUCAGUAGAACUGCAUCUUCGUGUACCUCUUGAAAAGGAGAUCCCUGUCACAAUUACUCAAGAAACAGAAAAGAAAGGUCAUAAAUUAACUGAUAGUGAAGAUGAAUUUCCUGAAAUCACAGAGGAAAUGGAGAAGGAAAUAAAAAAUGUAUUUCGUAACGGGAACCAAGAUGAAGUUCUGAGUGAAGCAUUCCGCUUGACCAUUACACGCAAAGAUAUUCAAACUCUGAACCAUCUGAACUGGCUCAAUGAUGAGAUCAUCAAUUUCUACAUGAAUAUGUUGAUGGAGCGAAGUAAAGAGAAGGGAUUACCAAGUGUGCAUGCAUUUAAUACCUUCUUUUUCACUAAGUUAAAAACGGCUGGUUAUCAGGCAGUGAAACGUUGGACAAAGAAAGUGGAUGUGUUUUCUGUUGAUAUUCUUUUGGUGCCCAUUCACCUGGGAGUGCACUGGUGUCUUGCUGUUGUGGACUUUCGAAAGAAGAAUAUUACCUAUUAUGACUCUAUGGGUGGGAUAAACAAUGAAGCCUGCAGGAUCCUCCUCCAAUACCUAAAGCAAGAAAGCAUUGACAAGAAAAGGAAAGAGUUUGACACCAAUGGCUGGCAGCUCUUCAGCAAGAAAAGCCAGGAAAUUCCACAGCAGAUGAAUGGAAGUGACUGUGGCAUGUUUGCCUGCAAAUAUGCUGACUGCAUUACCAAAGACAGACCAAUCAACUUCACACAGCAACACAUGCCAUAUUUCCGGAAGCGGAUGGUCUGGGAGAUUCUCCACCGAAAGCUCUUAUGAAGACUGUCUCAGUUAGCCGACAUUGACCUUGCGGGGGACCAGCUCUUUGUUGUCUAUAGCCAGAGACCUUGGAGACAGCUGCUCCCAACCCUCUGUUCUUGUAAAGCCCUUGAUCCUGGACCAGGCCCUGGCGAGAUGCAUUCACAAGCACAUCUGCCUUUCCUUUUGUAUCUCAGAUACUAUUUUUGCAAAGAAACUUUGGUGCUGUGAAAGGGGUGAGGGACAUCCCUAAGCUGAAAAGAGAGACUGCUUUUCACUUCUUCAGUUCUGCCAUCUUGUUUUCAAAGGGCUCCAGCCUCCCUCAGUCCCUAAUUUGGGGGCUGAGAGAAGCUUGGACAGAUUCUUGGUUUCAUAUAAACUCUUGUUAGGCCUUACUAAGAGGUAGGAAAGGGCAUGGGCAAAAAGGUAGGGAUGAAAACCACCAGCAUAUACACGCACACAUGCAUACACACAGGAUUUUCAAGAUGUGUUGUCAGGAAAGUGACUAUAAACUGGACUUUGGGUCACAUGCAUAAGUCCCUCCUCCAGGAUUUUCCCUAUUUAUAUGCCUCUUUGUGAAAUCCGUCUGCUUCUGUACAAGGCUAUUUUAUCAUCUGUAGCUUUCUCCCAUCCUGAGGCACAGCACAUGAGCCCUGGGUGGGCCCCAAAGUCCGGGCAGUCCUUUCCUUAAAGCAGGGGUUUGCAUGUGCUCACAACACAUGAUAUGGGGAAGACCCACCCAGGGAGCGGUUUAGUGGAGCAACAAAGGCACCACUUCUACUGCCGCCUACUUCUGACCAAGAAGAAGGACCUCAGUCUUUAGCAUAAAAUUCCAGCAUUGGAUGAAUGCAGGUCUAGUUUGGUCUGUGGCUAGUUAGUUUAAAUAUGUUUCUAACCACAGAGAAUUUAAUAUAUAUAUAUAUAUAUUUCACAGGGAUACAUGUUUUUUUCAAAGGCUGAAUGUGUUCACCACUUUAGCCUGUAGAUUUACUUCAUUUUCCAAAUUUAGCUCUAGCACGCACAGAUCCCAGCCAGUGUGUAGGGUGUUUGUGGACUUCCUAACAAUAUUUUGAGGCCUGAAUGAACUUUGACUUAGGGGUAGAGGUUACAGAGGGAGGCAAGAUUUUCAACUGGAAAACGGGUGGAAUUUGGACUGAUCAACUUGAGACUAAAACACCGCUAUUCCUUUUCUUCCUUCUAGCAUCUCUCCCACCCUCCGAGCGCUCCUCAGGCUAGAUAGUGAAAUGAUCCAAUGCCAGUGUCAUUUUGUACUUCAGUUCCAAAAUAGGAACGUUUUAUACUUUUUUCUGUAUUGUAAUAGGUAGUUUUGUAUGAAAUAUUUUCUCUUUUUCCCUUGUUACCCCGUCCCUUCCAACAUUGUGCUUUCUCUCUGGGCUUAUUUGAAAAUUUUACUCUGUUUUAUACCAAGCUUGUUUAGUACAUUUUUCUAUGUUUUACCACAGGUUACAAUUUGAAAAGAAAACUAUUUUUUUUAAAUAUUCCAUUGUUAACUGAAUGUUACUGUUUCCACUCCAGCAACUAGAUGUCCUACCUUUUUCAUUAACUGCCUGCCUUUUUGGGGAAGACCACCUUUUCUUUCCUUCUUUACU